AUGUUUUACACUUUCAAUGCUGUCAUGACGGAUGUCGUCUCGGCCGGCCGGCCUGCACGAGGACAGUCGACGACGACGAGAAGCCGGAAUACCCAACAAUCAGCCCCAACGUCGCAAAACUUCAGGGCCUGCAGGCGGUGUCGGCAGCAUCGCAUCAAGUGCAGCGAAAAACCAUGUGAGCCGUGCCGGGCGAAUAACAGCAAAUGUGUCUGGACGGAAGAGAAGCCCACCGCAGCGGUACUCACACCCAUCUCGCCGGCGAACCUUGCUGCGAAUCGACCAAUGAUGGCGCCUGCGGCCGGCAGCACAAUCACAAAGCCGAUUGCAUCCCACUACGCCUCCCCGACUUAUACUGAUGGCGAAGACGGAGGCGGCGAGCCGUGGCCUUUGCAGCAUCCCUGCUCUUGCGCGCAGCAUCCCAACACUCCCAACUCUUGUCCGUCUCAGUCAGGCGACAUACGCCAGCAGCAGAUUCCCUGCUCUCAACACGCCUCGCCCGCGUCGAAUGCGUCCAAGACGUUUCACCAAUUCCUCGAGGGUCUGGGAAUGGCCGUGACCGCCGAGGAAGGCGAAUUGCAUCAAUUCCCGCCGCUACCUAGCGCCGAAGAGGGGAAAACGUCGACUGCUGCCGCCGGGCUUCUCCCAUCGGCUCCGACAGCCUCUGAGACGCUCAACUGGGACGGCCAGCUAUACUUUGUGCGCCUCUUUUGGAUGUCGCUGGCGCCGCUCUUCCCCAUCAUGCCCGAGUCUGAGUUUGAAGCGCUCUACGCUGCUGACGGGCCGUAUCUGCUUGGUCAACGCACAAUAGAGGGCGCGCUCAUCAAUGGCAUGACGGCGCUCGGCAUCCAGUGCGCAGAGGCCACCGGUAGCGGCGCUCGUAUACUGAGCUGCUCCCCGACUGCGGCGAGCCGGAGCAGCAUCGAGUACUUUCGGCGUUGUCGUGACGUCUUGCGGGACCAGGACACGAGUACAACGACCUGCGUUCAUACCAUACGAUGCUACAUCCUACUGACGCUAUAUCACUUGCAAGCAAAUCAGCUAGAAAAGGCAUAUUACUUGGCCGGCCUUGGGGUGCGCCGCGCCCACAUGGGCCGGUUCCAUCUCACACCAGCUGCUCACAGCUCUGCUCGGGUUGCCGAUGACCGCAUUCGAGUGUGGUGGCUUCUGUCGUGGCUCGACGUCUACUGCUCCUUGCAACUUGGCCGUCCAGCUGCCGUCCAGCGAUCCUCGAACCCAUGUCCGCCUCCAUCCUCGCCUCCCAUGCGAUUCACACCGAUGCACGCAGACGUGGUUAGUAGAAAGGAAGCCAGCCUGGACAACUACCGCUUCGUCUUGUCCAAGCUCACCAUGAUUGUUGUUGAAGCUCUGGACGAUGUGCCAGUGUUUCAGUCGCUGGAAGAGAUGCAUGGCUCGUCAACUGCUGGCCAAUCCAUGGCACGGCUCUCCGAAACAAUAAGGCAGUUGGAGACGGCACUUGACGAGUUGCCUGAGCAGCUUCUGACUCGGCAUGGUAGCCGUACACCCACGAAUAACGGUCAGACGCAUAGAUCACGGCCAACCUGCUCUACCAUGCCGCACACCAACCGCCAAGUGACAUCAAGUGCAUCAUCGGCGGCGCUGACAGUUGGCCUUCCUGACUGGCUUCAACGGCAGCGGCUCAUUCUGGAGCUGCACUACCUUGACGCGUGCUUGGUCCUCCAAAGGCCAUUCGUGCUGUGGAAGCAGAUUUGCUCUAGUGAUGCCUCCAUCACAAAGCACGCCGAGAGCGCUUUUUCUCGCGCCUGCUCUGUAUUGUCCAUGCUCCACAGUAUCUACUCCCGGUCAGAUAUUCUUGACAGACUGACAAUGGUGCUACCAUUCAUCUGGAACGCCAUCAUCACCAUUGCCGCGUACGUCUUUGUCGGUUCCGCCGACGACGACAAAAAGACGCAACUCCUAAAAGCCAUGAACAAUGCCCUGGCUAUUCUGGAGCCGCUUGCGCGGAUCAAUCCAGACAGCCUCAAGGUAUACCAAAUCAGCCAAGCCCUUGCUGCAGAAUUGCGUGAGGCGAGUGGUGGGACAGAUGUGGUGGCUAUGCCUCCUCCUCCUUCCGCUGCAACCUCAACCUCGACCACGUUCACCGACGAUUUAUUCAAGUCUACUUUUACUGGUUCAUUGGAUUUGGAUGAGUUUUUGAAUGACGAGGUGACCAUGACUGAUGACUUUUCCGAAUUAUAUUCGUUUUGA